GUACGUAUGUAUUAUUCUGAGGCAAUUCCAGAAGCUUGCACUGCCUGCCCAGUGACCACUAAUCUACCUACUAUACAGUAAACGUAGGUACUCGUGUACCUACAUUUAUUUGAUUUGAACUUACCUAAGCCUCUCUCUCCCUCUGCCGCUGUCGCUGUUGUGGACUAAUUCACUGUAAGUAUGUAUUAUAGGUAGGUACUGUCACCGUCACCGUCACCUGUCGUCCGUCUGUCCACAUGCUCGAUUCUUGGUGUGCAAAUACAGAAGCAUAAAACCCACUCUCGCUGCCCCUCCUCCCUCCCGCAUCCUUUCUUUCCCAUGUCUUUCCGCGCAGCAACCCAUCUUUGCCAUCUGUCAACUCUGUCAACUCUUUCAACUCUCCCCUUGAGACGAUCAGCUUUUGCAGCCUUCGCCAGCCCCCGUCUGCUCCCUUUGCGCCAGUUCCAUUCCACUCCUCCCAACAUGACUGUCCACAACAUCGCGACUAAGGCCGACUUUGACGAGGCCAUCAAGGCCAACAAAAUCGUCAUCCUCGAUGCUUUCGCUACGUGGUGCGGUCCUUGCAAAGCUAUUGCCCCUCUAGUCGCCAAGUUGUCCAAUGAGGAGCGGUUCCAGGACGUCUACUUUGCCAAGAUCGACGUCGAUGAGCUGCCCGAACUCAGCCAGGAGCUCGGCAUCACGGCCAUGCCUACUUUCAUGGGCUUCAAAAACGGCGAGCCCGCCGGCAAGGUUAUGGGUGCCAACCCCCCGGCUAUCGAGAAGCUGGUUGUCGACCUCCAAGAAUAAUUUGCUUGUCUCUCAUCGUUUACAACUCCUUACCAUCGACCCGCCUCCAAGCGAAGCAUGUUUUUUG